AUGAUUGUCAUGGAAGGGUUGAUGCUGGUGCCACCAGAGCGUGGGACCAUCAUUGGCAGAGCCGUCUGGAAGCCUCGAUAUGUCGUCCUCGGUACAGGGGCAGGUUUGAAAGCGCAGAACGAGGUUGCUGCGAAUACAGACAAUUCAGUAAAAAGCUCGCGCAAAGGGCUGAAAGCCGCAACCUCCAAACCGAGUCUGGUCGAUGUCGCACAUCCGGGCCCAGAGGAUCGAAGGCUUUACAUCUCGAUUUACAAGGCAAAAGGUGAUUGGGAAUUUCUGUCACAGUAUCCGGUAUCUGCCUUCAAAUCGUGUGAAAUUCGAGCACUGCAGCAUCGCAAGCAAAGUCCUACUCUUCCAACGCUUAUGUUCGAAAUGAAACCGGAUUCACCGUCGGACAAACAACGCAAACGAAGAUCGAGCAGGACGGCUGGGCUUACGUCGAAGGAUCCAUGGGGGAAUAUACUUCUGUUCCGAACCGUCGUGGAGGACCCACGCAGUAUCUACGAAUGGCAGCAGGCUGUGAUGCCAUUGCUGACGCCUGAUGAGCCGGAAGACAGUCCUUUAAGUCCCAUAAGUCCGCUGUUUACCAAUCCGUUUGCUAGCAGCCGGACGACUUCGAAUUCAAACAGUAGGGCUGACUUCCAAGUUCGACCAAGUACGCAACAUCAGAAUACAUACCCACAUGCGCCGCUACCAAGGGAACGGCCCUCUGCCCUGAUCUCCCCAUCCCCAAGCCUUCGAUCAAGACGUUCAGAUCUAUCCUCACAAUCAAGCUCCCUCCAUCCCCCUAUGGGCUUCACCUCCUCGCACCCUCAAACCUACGGCACACUCCCCAACGACUUACCAUCACCAGCCUUAACCUCCGGCUACGAGACCCAAUUCAUCGAAGGCUGGACAUCCGCCCAAGGCCGCUCCUCCGCACUCUCCUCUCACACAAGAGGAAGCAACAGCAUCGCCUCAGCCGUUGCCCCCGCCAUUCCCGGCUCAAUUGGCUCCUCGCCCCCAGGACCCCGCGAAACAAUCCUCGACCGCGCCUUCCAAAUGCGCUGUAUUCCCGGCAGUGAGCGCGUCUCCUCCCCCAAGGAUGACGAGAAAAUAAGCAGCAUUGCGCGCUUCGAGGCACUGAUGGCCGAGCAUGAUCAACGCAAGCAAGCAAAACUCGCCACCUCUCAGUCAAGAAGGGAAGGGAAGGACUGGGAUCUAGAUGAAGAAUCGGAGAUGUCUGAUUCUGGGGAAGUGGGUGAAGAUGAAGAUGAUGCAGAGGGACUCGAGAUGUCUGAUCACGAGAUUGUCAUCCCUACGCCAGCAAAGAGAGCACUGGAUUACAUCUCUGGCCGUAUCCCGCCGCCGCAACGAACGCUCUCUCCAGCACGCAGUCCUCCGAUCCCAUUCCUGAAUUCCCAGGCUAUGGAAGCCUUGCACGGUAACCUUCCACCGAGCACCAGUCUCCGCCCUCGCACUGGAAUUGCCUCGUCUCGAAACGGCGGAAGUCGCCCGAACUCCCUCGCUUUGCCGUCUCGCUCGAUAUCUACGACUGCGGUGCCGAGUGCAAGGGACAAUGGGAGCUUACAACCGACUGACACAAGCGUGAAGAGAAGGAGCAGCACGAGUGUGAAGAGAUUGAGUUUCUCGGAGUUUGCGAAGCGGUUGAGCUCGACGAGUAGUUUGCUACUUGUGCAGACGAACGCUAGUUCGAGUUCGGGUAGAGAUGGGAGUCGGAGGGGCAGUUCAGAGUAUGGUGUUGAGGAGCCUAUGGAGAGGGAGAGGCUGGGGAUGCGAGGAGGUGGCGGCCAGAAUAUGGGGGUGGGGAUGGGGAUGGGGGAGAGCAGGAGCGAGCGGGAUAAGAGGUGUGGGUGGCGGGGCAGCGUGGGCGUCUUUGGUUCCGAAGGUGGAUUCCUGUGA